GUGGCCGGGGAGGGACAUUUUCGGGCGCCGGCGGGGAUGGCGAGUGGGCGCUGCCUGAUCCGCGUGGCCGCGGCCGCCCGGUGGGGACUAGUCCGGCGCGCGCUGAGCCAGCAGCAGGGCGAGCCGCCCAGCCUAGAUGCCAAACCCAAGAGGACAAGCCAAGUCCCAAAGAUCUACACGAAGACUGGGGACAAAGGAUUUUCCAGCACGUUCACUGGGGAGAGGAGAGCAAAAGAUGACCAGAUCUUUGACGCCUUGGGGACAUUGGACGAAUUAAGUUCCACCAUAGGGUUGUGUGCUGAAUUUGGCAGUGAACACAACCACUCCUUUUUGGAAGAGCUUCACAAGGUACAGCGUAUGCUGCAAGAUGCCGGUUCCAACGUGGCAACUCCGAUCUCCUCUGCCAGAGAGUCUCACUUAAAACGAACGUCCUUUAGUGAAAAGCCCAUCUUAGAACUGGAGACCUGGAUCGAUCGAUACUCGGACCAGCUUCCACCUUUGACAGCUUUCAUUUUGCCGUCUGGGGGCAAGAGCAGCGCUGCUCUCCAUCUCUCCAGAGCCGUCUGUCGCAGAGCUGAGAGGUGUGUCGUUCCUUUAGUGAAAUCUGGAGAAGCGGAUGCGAACGUGGCCAAGUACUUGAACAGGCUUAGUGACUACCUGUUUGUCUUGGCCCGUUACGCUGCACGGAAGGAAGGGAAGGAAGAGAAAGUCUACACCAGAACGGAGGAACGGUAGGCGCAAGGCGGCGACUGCCGCUGCAAGCUAGAGAGGACUCAAUGAGACCAGAUCCACGAAGGAUGCCACUCUGAAACCUUGGAGCCGUGAGGAAUAACAUACCAAUCGCAGCUGUGAGCCACUCCGUGAGCCACGGAGGGAUUGCCGUGAUUCAGAAGCCGCAACGCCUGCCAGCAGGUGCGGUGGAGAAAAUCUCAGCUGGACUGCGAAGCUCUGGCCGAGACAUCACAUGCUCGUGUCCAAGUCCUGCCAGAACCUUCUUGCCAGCGCUGCAUCCCUCAAGCCUAACCUUGUUUUUAAUUUCCAAGCUGUCAUAUUUUUGCUGAGAUUAAUGCUCGCUCCUGGACUCUAACUGAGCCAAGUACUUUGACAUGCAGCAGAUGGGGCAGAGGUCCAAGGGCCAGGGCUGCGCAAGACAGCAUAUGGGGGCGGGGAGAAGGGAAAUAUUCUGUAUGUUAGAUGUGGUGUCCAAAGUCAGCAGGCUGAGGAUCUUGUGAAUUUGUCUUUCAUUGUUUAAAGCAGGCAGCUAUGAACAUUGCAGUGGAGAAGAGCGGGGGGGCGGGGAGAGGAUGAAAUCACGUCAAGUGGCAACUGCAAGAAGACAUGGAAAGCCUUUCCAUUGAGGGGGGGGACUCAGAGCUGCAGCAAUCUGGGCGGGGAGAGGAAAAUAAUAGCUACCAAUUUCUCACAUCCUUUGCAUGACUUUAAUCAUUUGUCCUCACUUCCGAUCAGGAAACGUUUUGCAGUGGAUUGAAAUGUUCAAAGACUGGACUUCCCCAAAGGGCUAGCAGAUAGGAGAACGGGGCCCCAAUUUACAGGAAAUACAGUUCCCCUUGUGGACAUGACACGCCUCCAGCAGCGUGAGGAGCUUGCUAGUCCCAGAAAGGGGGUGCAGAAGCGGGCAGAGUUUGCAAACAUGUCCGGAGGCAAGUCUUUGACAGCCUAAGACAAUCUAACCUCUUCUUGUUUGUG